AUGGAAAGCGCGACAGCUUCCCCCGAACCCGAGUCCUCGUCGCGUCGCCGAUCCGGACGCGUCGUGAGAGCCCCCGAAAAGUUCAGCCCGGAGCCCGUCACCGCACCGAAGCGCAAGAGAGGCUCUGAUCACGACGAAGACGAUGAAGAAAAUGACGAGGACGGCGCAUUGUCCGAUGCCACAAUGAGCGAUGGCGAUACCGCCGACGAGCGUCCCCGCCCUAGGCCCAAGAAGCGAUCCACCGCUCAAGGGAAUCGCGCGAGGAAGCCCGCUACCAAAAAGCCCAAGACCAACGGUGUAGCCCCGUCUGGCCAUUCGGCGAGUCUCCCAUCGCGGCCUAAGAAGACUGUGAGGAUCGCUGCGGUCGAGAAGCAGGGCGAGGGCCUGUAUGCCGAUGUCUUCGGCUCCGGUCUGCCCUCCGAACACAUUGCCGACAAAUGGCAAGAGAGAUACCAGGCCAAUGAUGCUCUCGCCGUGGUUGAGCUCGUAAACCUCGUACUGCAAGCGUCUGGUUGCGACCUGCAGAUCUCCGAAGAUGAUGUUCGCGACCCAGAUAAUUGCCAGGCACGCUUGACCGAGCUCCAAGAUCUCUUCCAAGAGGCACGUACCACUCAUGACGAAGCAGCUGUGUCCAUCGAAGUUCUUGCUAACAUCAUGCAGGAGCAAGUCACCGAGUACCCACUCAUCUCCCGGGCGAAGAACAACAGAGUCUUCCGCGACCUGCUCAUCAACUUUUUUCGGGCCCUGGUUCGCAGUGUUCACGACACAGAUGUUCUGUACAACGAUCACACCCUGAUGGAGAACCUCGUUAGAUGGAUAGCGUCCAUGUCGACCUCGUCACUUCGUCCGUUCCGUCAUACGGCGACAACCGUAAUUCUCUCACUUGUGCACGGCUUGAUCGACGUCGCCAAAACUCUCGAUGACCGAAUCGGUUCAACUGAGCAGCAAGUCACGCAAGCCAAGAAGGGCAAAAACAAGGCAAAACUUGCCGAGAUGCAACAUAACCUCGACGAGGCCAACCAUAGCAGAGAGUUAUGUUCACACCACAUCAAGGACUUCUUCGACACCACCUUCAUUCAUAGAUACCGAGACAUCGACCCGCGUAUCCGGACGGAGUGUGUCGAGGCCCUCGGGUCGUGGAUCAUUGGGGUUCCCACACUUUUCAUGCAGCCAGAAUACCUUCGCUACUUGGGUUGGAUGCUCUCAGACACAGUUGCUUCCACAAGACAGGAGGUCCUGAGACAACUAGCUCGCAUCUUUAAACGCGGUAUCUCGCAGCUUGGUCAUUUCAUUGACCGAUUCCGUCCCCGCCUCAUUGAGAUCGCCACCAAGGACGCCGAGGUUUCCGUCCGCGUCGCAGCCAUCUCGGUCAUCAAUGUUCUCCGGGACGCGGGAAUGCUAGAGCCGGAAGAAAUGGACACUAUUGGCAAAUUGAUUUACGACAGCGACAUCAGAGUUCGGAAGGCCGUUGUCAGCUUCUUUGUUGCCUGCGUCGAGGAUUUCAUCAACAACAAGGUGGAAGAACUCGGAGGCCAGGAUGCUCUGGACGAGCUUUUUGGUGAAAUCGAGGAUGAUGACUACGAGUCACCUCGCGGUACGUGGGUCAACAUCAAAUGUCUAGCAGAGACACUCGCGGCAUAUGACGAGCAGGUUGAGGGCGAGCGACCAGACGCCAAUUCCCAAGGUCUGGCCGUGGCCGCCGAUGUCUUGCAAGCAAACGUUCCGGAUACUAGGAUUUCGCUCGCUGCCCAGGUACUUUUCGAAAAGGUUCCCUUCGUCAAAGAAUGGGAAGUUCUUUCCGGCUAUCUUCUCUACGAUCACACAGUCAGUUCCAAGUCGAGGUCAAAGAGCACUUCCACGGAGACGGCGUUCAAGAAAGCUGUCGGCCCCGUCGGAUCGGAGGAGGCCAUCUUGCUCGAAGUUCUGGCCACCGCCGUCAAGAUGCUGCUUCUCCAGUCCGCAGAACUUGAGAAGGCCAGGAAAAGAGGCGGUCGCUCCGAAAUUACUGAGGCGCAUGAAGACACCGCACUUGACUUGGCAGUUGCUAUUCCUCGGCUGCUAAACAAGUUUGGAGCUGAUCCUGCAACCGCGACAAUCGUUCUCAGGAUGGAACACUUUUUGGAUCUCGAGGUGUUCCAAAUACUGAGGCAAGAUUCCUCCAAGUACGAGAAGCUAUUGGACGAGAUCAGCACCCAAUUCAAUAGACACGGCGAUAAGAGAGUCAUUGCCGAGGCAGCCGCAGCCCUACUUCACUCCCGGCAGUGCGAAGAGCUGGAAGAGUUGACAGACGGCAAGCUUGCUGUUCUGUGGGAAAACGUCAUUAACACCCUCCGCGGUUUCGACAAAACUUGCGAGCUUUCCAUCCGCGGCAAUCUGGAGGAGGAGCACCUCACAGCUCUUUCGACGGUACUAAUGAAGAUAAGUGAGCUCGCUCGGAUCUCAGACCCGGUCGAAGUCUUGGAAACUGAAGGACGAGCGGCGGAUUCAAUGUCGUCGCCUAUAGAGAUUCUGAUCAACAUCGCAAACCGCGGUACAUUCGACGACGCCAACGAAGAUCUCGAAGACUUGGAAGAUGAGGUCGCGUCUUUCGCGAUCAAAGCUACUCAAUUUUACUUCAUGUGGAAGGUCAAGAGUCUGGAGAAGCUCAUUCAGAGCGGAACAGAAAUUCCCGACUCAGUCGUGGAUUCCCUGUCAGUCUUGCGCAAGAACUACGACACCAAUCUAAUCAAGACGCUAUCAUCGCGAGCAGUCAUUGAUGACACCCGCCUGUUCGCGGCCGGUGCUCUCUGCGAUGUUCACGUCCUCUUUGGCACAUUACGCAGUCUGGUCGAACCCACGCGAGGUACUGCGAUGUACAGAAAGCUUGCUGGCCUGGUACGCGAACUCGAGCCGCGGCUACUGCCCGAACUUGUUUCCAUUUACGAUGGCAUUGAGAAGGGCUACGCCAAGAAAACAAAGAAACUACUCAACGAGCCAGCCGAUGAUGAGGAGCCAAUGGACGACGAUGACUCUGAUGAAGAGGAAGACGAUGAUGAAGUACUCAGCCACGAAGAGCGUCUCGCUUUGGAGCUCAAGUCGGAAAAGGCUCUGUGUGAACUGGCUGCUAAGUACGUCUUGGCCAUCGUUCAAAAAGUCCUGGACCAGACCGGUCCUCACGCUGGCAAGCUGCGCAAGCGGCUUCUGCGGAACCAGACCCGGCUUGGUAAAAAUUUCAGUGAGGUGGUCGCUUUCCUUGACGAGAAGAAGAUUCGAGAGCACCUGUCCGGCAAGAAGCAGGCUCAAAGGUCGAAGGCUACUUCAUCCAAGCCAGCAUCCAAGAAGCCGUCGCGGAGCGAGGAGAUGGUUGUCGAUGACGAUGACGAAGAAGAGGAACCCCUGGAGGAGCCUGAGGCAGAACCGGAAGAGGGCUCCAGAGAAGACCUCCUUCGGCGUGAACUAUUAGAGGAAGAAGAAGAGGAGGAGCCCGAGCCAGAAGAGGCCCCUAUUAAUCAUGAUGUCGAAGACGACGACAACGACGUAUUGGGCGAUUAA